AUGUUUGUCGGCCCGGGGUACGUCCCGCUGGGGUGGACGCCGGAAAAAUCUCAGGAUUGCAUGUAUCUCCAAUACUGUAAAGUGUGUCAGUCUUAUAAGGCACCACGUUCACACCACUGUCGAAAGUGUAACAGAUGUGUCAUGAAGAUGGAUCACCAUUGUCCUUGGAUCAACAACUGUUGUGGAUACCAGAAUCAUGCAUCUUUCACUCUGUUUCUCCUCUUAGCUCCACUGGGAUGCAUUCACGCUUCUUUCAUAUUUGUUAUGACUAUGUACACUCAGCUUUACAACAGAAUAUCUUUUGGAUGGAGUUCUGUAAAGAUUGACAUGAGUCCAGCCAAGAGAGACCCUCGACCCAUUAUUCCCUUUGGGCUGUCUGCAUUUGCUGCAUCUUUAUUUGCCUUAGGACUGGCAUUAGGAACAACUAUUGCUGUUGGUAUGCUCUUUAUUAUCCAGAUGAAAGUAAUUUUGACAAAUAAAACUUCAAUCGAGUCCUGGAUUGAAGAAAAGGCCAAAGACAGAAUCCAGUACUACCAAACGGGUGAGACCUUUAUUUUUCCCUAUGACAUGGGAAGUAAAUGGAAGAACUUUAAGCAAGUGUUUACAUGGUCUGGGAUUCCUGAGGGAGAUGGCCUGGAUUGGCCAGUAAGAGAUGGCUGUCAUCAAUACACUUUGACGAUAGAGCAACUGAAACAGAAAGCGGACAAGCGAGUAAGAAGUGUGCGGUAUCGAGCAAUAGAAGAUUACAGUGGUGUCUGCUGCCCUGUGACUAAAGGUGUUAAAACAUUCUUCACAACACCAUGCACUGAAGAACCUAGAAUUGCACUGAGUAAAGGGGAUCUGAUUUUAGCCACAAGAGGCUUAAAACACUGGAUGUAUGGUGAGAAGAUUCUUGACUCAGAUGCUGAUGGUGGAAUAAGAGAACGAGGCUGGUUCCCUAGGAAAUGUGUGGAAAAAUGCCAAUAUGACUCUGAAACGGAUCAACCAGUGGAUGGAGAGAAGAAAAACAGAUAGCCUUCUCAUUUUUUUUUUUAAAUAAGAAAUGGAAUUUUUACUUCAGACCACAAUCCGUUACUUGAAAUUUUCUGUACGUUACUUUAGACUUAUGCAAUGAAUAUGUUAGGACAAGGUUUUCUCUUCCUUGCAGCUGAAAGGGUUGGAUAUGCCUGUGCCAUGGUUUGCAUACUUUUUUAACAAUAAAUAAUUGGAGAAGCCAUUCAGUGGACUGCCUUCAAGAUGCAUUUUUUUCAUACAGUCAGGUUUUUUUUCUUUUUGCCAUUUAAAUUGCAUUCUGAGGGUUCAUAUUUUUUUUCCUCACCCGCAUCUGAUCGUGAUGCGUGCUGGUUAUCUUUUGUGUUUUACUUUCUCUGAAGCUGCCCCUGAAAACUAUGAAAUAAACCUCUGAUUCAAAUUCAAGAUAAGAUUUGUUACCUGUGGCUUUUAAUUAUGUGAAUUGUCCACCUCAAAUAAAUGAUACAUUCGUAUUC